AUGAGAAGAACGAUGGAGGAAACCUCGAAAAUGAGAGCCCUCUGCUUUUUGGUGUCCUUCCUGUGGGUUUUCCCCAGUGCCGAUCAGGCCUUCGAUAUCCCUCUUCCAAAUGCUCUGCUGAUCCACGGGGAGCCCAUGGGCUUCAACACAUCUUCCCAUAGACAGAAAAGAUCGGAGAAGGAGAAUGUCACCGCCUGCAGCAGUCAUGAGUAUAAACCAAGGAGACAAAACCACUGCUGCAACAAAUGCCUGCCGGGUUAUAUUGUGGCCAGGGACUGCAGCGGAUCUAGUCAGGCCACGCUGUGUGUCCAUUGUAAAAGUGGAACCUACAUGGACAUUCCAAACAAUUCCAAGCGUUGCGAGGCGUGCAGCUCUUGUCUAACACAAUACGGUCAGAUUGUGCUGUCUGCGUGCACCAUGGAGAAGAACACUCAAUGCGGGUGCCCUGAGGGUCAGUUCAAGAAACACAGUGGCCUUGACUUCAUAUGCCAGGAGUGCACCACAUGCCAGAAUGGGACCCAGGCCUUUAAGUGUCAUGAUGACAAAGACACGAUCUGCCAAUGUUUCCAUAAUUUCUUCUUCGAUGACUCAGAAAAAAUGUGUCGCCCGUGUUCGCAGUGUCAAGGACCGGAGUGUCAGGAUCACUGUCCUGAUCCUGAGGCAGCCCAGCGUCCUGAAGAAAGUAAAGGCGUUUUAUGGGUCGCUGUUGGUGCAGUCGCCGUGGUGGUUGUGGUGGUGGUAGCCUGUGCUUUAUAUGUGUACUAUACCAGAAGACAUCCUCAUCCCCAAGCACACCUUCUGAUAUAUGUCGAGCAACUUCUCUCUUUGAUCACGAUAAAGACAGCAAUCAAAACCACAAAGUAAUCAAAGAAGAUGAUAUCUAUAUAGUGCAAGAUUCUACACAAACUGCCAUUAAUGAAUGGAUUCCUUCCAUUGCCAGACAUUACAAAUGUACCAGCUCCUCCAAGUCUGAACACCCCGACAGUGAUGUAUGCCAUUAUUGACAGCAUUCCAUUGCGCCGCUGGGGUGAGUUUGUCCGGCGCCUGGGCCUGAGCGACCACAUCAUUGAAACCUCUGAGAAAGACUACAGACAUUACAGCGACGCUCAGUACGCAAUGCUGCAGGUCUGGGUGACGCGGGAGGGCUACCCCACCACCAAAACGGGACCAGCUGUUUAAAGUUCUACGAGAAAUUAACUUGGGGGGGUGUAUAGAUAAAAUUGAGGAGCAUUUGUGA